GAGAGCAGGGGAGGGAAGCGUCGCGAGGGCUGCUGCACUGCCGGUAUAUAAGGCCGCAUCCUCACUGCUCGCCACCAGUCCACGGGACACAGUCUGCAUAGUUAGCCACCGACCUCCGCUGCUACUCUACCGACAACAUGCUGAAGCUGGUGAUGCUGCUGCCCCUGGUGUUCGCCGCCGCGUCCGCGGGCUUCCUGCGCGGCGCCGCCGUCGCCCCGGUAGCCGUGGCCGCCCCCGCCGUCGUGGCUGCUCCCGCGCACGCUGUGGUCGCAGCCCCCGCCCCCGCCAUCGUCGCCCCCGCCCCCGCCGUCGUCGCCGCCCCCGCACUCGUGGCGGCGCCAGCGCUGCACCCUGCUCCCAUCCCCGUCGCAGCACAUCUGCCCGUGGCUGCGCCCGUUCUCAAGAUUCAUUAACACUUGAAUAUGUACCAUUCUGGAGAGCUGAUGAAAUAAAUGGUACUGAGAUCGCA